AUGAAGAGUUUGGCCCAAAGACGCCAGUCUGCACCAUCUUUGAUCUUUGUCAAAGCACUUCACAGAUCUCGAUCGGUCUCAAGGGAAGGCUGCUUCUCCCCCAUCAGCCCUGAGGCAUGUCCCCUUGUGCAGUCUUUCAUGUGCCACAACCGAACGUUCAUCCUGGAUGGCCACGUGCAGCUGAAGACGGGUCUGCAAACCCAGGAGCGACACCUUUUCCUCUUCACAGACCUUCUGGUUGUUGCCAAGUCCAAGUCGCACUCUCAUUUCAAACUAAAGUGCCAAGCACGUCUCUGUGAGAUGUGGACAGCAUUUUGUACAGAAGAAGUCUGUGAAGGCAGCACAGACCCUGAGAGGUCCUUUGUUUUGGGCUGGCCCACCACAAACUGUGUGGCGAAUUUCAGGUCUGCAGAACAAAAGGAAACGUGGCUGUCUUUUUUGCAAAGUCGAAUAAGAGAAGAGAAGGAAAAAGACUAUCCUAAAAGCAUUCCUCUGAAGAUAAUUGCAAAGGACGUGGGAACUUGUGCAUAUUCAAAAACUCUGAGUGUAACCAAUGUUAAUACAGCAAAUGAUGUAAUUCUCAUGGCCCUGCAGCAGCUGGGAAUUAAUGGCUCUGAAAAAGACUACAAGCUGUGGGUGAUUUCAGGAAGAGAAGAUGCUCCUUACCCUCUCAUUGGCCAUGAAUAUCCCUUUGGAAUUAAAAUGAGCCACAUUCGCGAUGCUAUGCCCCACGGAUCAAAGCCCUGUGCCUGCCCCAGGCAGCUCCAGGGGUCCUUCCUGACGGAGCAGCUGCCCCAGGAGCUGCAGUGCCUGAACGACUUAAGCCAAAAGUCAUUUAAAAGGAAAAGAUCUAUCAUAAAUUGGGCUUUUUGGCGUGGCCCAGGCACUCACUUGGACAAUGUGCCCCUCUCCUCAACAUCUGCAGCUCCUGGGAAGCUCUUUGGCCUCUUGCUGACAGCCAUCUGCGAGGAUGACAACCUGCCCAAACCCCUCUUGGACAUGCUUUCCCUGCUUUACCAAGAGGGCCCUUCCACUGAGGGUAUUUUCAGACGCUCUGGAAGUGCGAAAACCUGCAAAGAGCUCAAGGAGAAGCUUGAUUCGGGAGCUGAAGUGGACCUAGCCUGUGAAUCCAUAUUUGUGACAGCAUCUUUGUUUAAGGAUUUUCUUCGCAACAUCCCAGGCAGCAUUUUGUCAUCCCAGCUCUGUGAUAAGUGGGUCUCCGUGAUGGAUCAAGGAAAUAAUGAAGAGAAGAUAAAAAGCAUCCAAAGGUUAAUAGAGCAGCUCCCCAGAGCUAAUGUUGUUCUCUUACGUUACAUCUUUGGAGUACUGCAUGGUAUAGAAAUGCGAUCUGAAGAGAACCAGAUGAAUGCAUUUAAUCUGGCUAUCUGCAUUGCACCUAGCCUGCUCUGGCCUCCUAUUUCCUCGACUCCUGAUAUAGAAAGUGAAUUUACAAAAAAGAUUUCUAGUCUGGUACAGUUCCUCACUGAGAAUUGCUGCAGGAUUUUUGGAGAGGAAAUUACCUCCCUCUUUGGAGAAAUGCUGAUCACAUGCAAGAGAGAGAAUGGCUCAGAUGCUGCCUCCCUCCAUCUGAAUGACUCUUCCUAUGACAGCCUGGAAAACGAGGCAAAUGAUGAAGCUGACUCCUCUUCCAGCGACUGGAUUAAGAACCGAGAUCAGGAUAACAGGAGCAGGGAGUCUGUCUUCACCCUGAGUGACGGUGAUUCUGAGCAGACGGAGGUGGAUGAAAUUCAAAGUAAAACCAAAUCAAAACAGUUGACAAUUUCUGUUGACGUGCACCAUAAGUUUUCAUCACAAGAAAACUCAGAGAAUGAGUCUCUCUGCUCCAGUGCACUGGGCUUCUCUUCAGCAGCUACCUCAGGUGCUCUCAAAACCUUGAGGAGACACAGGCGCUCCUCAGAGCCGGCAAUUGGCCUCCUUGCCCCCAGAUUCGCCCGCAUUGGUGAUGGUCAUGAGAAGGCAACACGCAAAGCCAGCUAUGAUGUUGUCCUGUCUCAUGAAGAUGAAGACUAUCUCCGUCAGCUUCGGUCAUUGCAGAUGGAGGGGCAAAAGCUUAUAAAUCAGAGCUUGAUUAUAGGGAUUAAUGUUGGUAAAAGUGACAACACAAACCAAAACAUUGAAAAAAAAGACUUGUCCCAUUGCCUCCUGCCUCCAACGACAGAGGGAUUAAAUAUUUGCUCAGGAUUUAGCUCUUCUAGCCUGUCAUCUCCUGGGACGUCUCCAUCUGUGUCGUCGAUGAGCUCUCUGGACAGUGCUUUCUCUCAGUUUUCAGACCAAUCUGUGUUUACCCCGACUGAAACCUCCUCCCCUUUCGAUAGCACUUUUCAGUCACUAAAGAAACUUGAAGACACUGUCGCUGAAGCGGCUGAUGACUAUUUGGUUACACCCACCAAGGUGCUACCAUCUCCACAACCUACAGACGCUUUGGCUGAGAGGGGCUUGGUGGAGCCCAACAGCAGGCCAGUGCCCCUGAAACCAACUGAUGAAGUCGACGGCUAUUUGAUUAAGCCUGACAUUCAGCCAUUACCUCUGAAAGUCACAGGAAAAGACAGACUUCAUGAUCCAGAUCAAAGAGGAGGUCUAGAAGAGCAUUACAGCAAUCCAAAGUUUGAAAAGACUGAACAAAGCUUUCUUGCGGAGGAAUAUUAA